AUGGUUGGUUGCUUAGGCAAGCUCUACGCAAGCCUUGAAAAUCUUAACUACACAUACUUGCAACCUAAUCUCAACAAGAACACCCUGCUCAGGCCCAAGUCAGCUGUUGCUGGAGCUAAUAUCUUCCAUUUGUUGACCAACAAUAAAUCUGAUUCAGAAGCUAAGAAAUUUUACUACUGUGAUUGCAAUCACCCAUCAUCCUCUUUCCAUUCAUACCAUGUGACGGAAAACAGCAGCACACGGUAUGUGACGGAAAACAGCAGCACACGGUAUGUGUCGGAUGACGUUGGAGCCCUUUGUCCAAAGUGCGGAAGAACAAUGUCCAAGCAGAUGACUUACGUUGCUCCACCAACAGCAACGUCUACACGAGAUACAAUUUUGUCAAGCGAGGGAGUGCAGCCUAGGUCUACCAUUUCAAGCAUUGCCAUGCUUAACAAGUUCAAUGUGAAGGAUGUUGGAGCCCUUGAAGAGAGGGUGGUUCAGCUUGGCCUGCACGAGGGUUUGAAAUUGCUCAAGGCAUCUUUAGAGUCAAAAACAGUCCUCACUGAUGUGUUCCUUGGGAUGAAGUAUGCCAUCUCCACUCAGGUGAUUUAUGUUUGUCCACAACCUACGACCGUGGCAACAUCCAGCAGCAAGGGAGGCUAUGUCAAAGGAGUAGUGACAUACAGGGUCAUGGAUAACUUGGUGGUGAAGCCAAUGUCCACCAUUUCAAGUAUUGCUGUACUUAACCAGUUCAAUGUCAAGGAGGUUGGUGUUCUUGAAGAGAAGGUGGUUCAUCUUGGCAUGCAAGAGGGUUUGAAGCUGCAGAAGGCAUCGUUGGUGACUAGUACAGUCCUUACCAAUGUGUUCCUGGGUAAUACUAAUAAGAAGGCCUAA